AUAUUUCUAGUAAUGAGCAAUAAUGUCUCUUGAUGAGCAAUAAUGUCUCUUGGUAUUAUAUUCUCUGAUACGAUAGUAUCUACUGUAGAAGUUGGUGUAGCUGUCUACAACGAAAUACUCGGUGAUCCUGCAAAUGAUCCAGAAAUAAUUGCAAAUUCGCGCCGCGACAUGAAACGUACACGACGCAGGAUUCCUCAGAGCUUGGUCAGAAGAGUGGCUCAGACGCUGCCGCUUAAAUCUGAGCCUCGUCUUAAAAUACCGAUAACGAGAUUCCAAGAAGAGUACGGGAUAUCAGUAUCUAAUAAUGGGAAGUACAGCGUGUCUCCUUUUGAGGACACAUCUUGGCUUUACGAAGAGGAGGGUCACAUUAACAGCUCUUACAGGACUCACAAGUUUACACCGACCCCGUACCCGAAGGACUUUAUCCAGCGAUGGGAACUGAGACCACCCCGUGAGCGCAGCCGACACGGCUCUGGCAACGAGGAUCUAGAUAGUGGCCUGGAUAGUGUGAGUGUGUGCAAGAGUGGUAUGAGUGAGGUCGCUGAAGAGAGGGUGGCGGCACUGGAGAACGAGCUGGCUAGUCUGAAGGCGAUGAUGGCGUCUAUUGCGCUGGCGCAGAUGCAGCCUACAGCAGCAAGCACACCGGCUUCUGUCAAAAGCACCCCACGCACUCCUGCACCACCACCUCCUGCACCACCAGCACCUGCACCUCCUGCUCCGGCUUUAGCUUCCAAUUCCAGGCCCGGCUUCAAACCUUCCGUUCCUUCUAAAAAGAAUUCUAACAAACUUCCGGAGAUCAAUGAGAAUAAAGUGGCCGAACCGAGACAGGGUGAUUUCUCGAACGUUUUGAAAGAUGUUGGAAAGCAAAAAUCUCUACUCAAAUCAGUUGAAAAAUCGCCUGGCGGAACUCCGAUAAGAAGGCAGCCAAAACCGUGCAAUCCUCAGGAUCCUAGUACUAUUCUCGCAAACGCUCUGCGGCAAAAGUUUGCCAACACGCCUACAACCAUGAACGAAAGCACCGAUUGCGAAAGAUCAUUCAACGACUCUCUACCGACAUAAGAUAAGACAUCACAAAAAGAUGAAAGUGGGACCUCCUGAUACUCCAUCAAACAAUGAUUGUUUGAUUGACUCGUUUUAUACUAAUUUAUGUCCACUAACAAUCUUAGUUGCUAAAAUUGUGUUUUGAUCGUAUUUUAAUUUACAGUAAAUAUCAAGUUUACCGAGUUUAUGUCCAAUCACAUGAGACCCGACAAACCAUUUUAUAUGUCGGUCAAUCAUCUUUUGAAAGCGACAGAGUAUUUAACUUAUUGUUCAUUCAUUUUGUUUAUAAAUAUGAAGUUACUGGCUUCGAGAGUUGGAGUUAAUAUUAACAGUUACAAUCUUGGUUUCUUGAACAUAGAUAACAACAAAUCAAUCUCAUUGCUAUCGCUAGUUUUUAAUUAAAAUGGACAACAAA